AUGGUGGUCACCCUGCUGGAAAAGGAUGAGAUGCAGAAUUUAGUUGCAUUUGAGAUUGACCAUGGCGCUGCUGUGUCUACUAUAACCAAAGAGUGGGUAUUUUAUGUUGUUGAUUCUUGUAAUACCAAUUUAUGUAAAGAUUUAAUGCAGCAAGUAGGUAUUUAUUUGGCUGGAAUAGAUGAAGGUACUAGAGUAAUAAAGGUUGCUAAUGUGAGUGCAGAAAAGCUGCUAGAUAAUUACUUGGUAGAUUCAAGUAAACCUAUUACUGGUGUUUUGGCCAAGAUUCAUAUAAAAGCUGCUUAUUUAGAUGAUAUUAUUGUAAGUGGUGCUGCCAAAAAGGAGCUUGAUCACCGAUUAAGAAAGGUUUUGGAACUUUUGCAAGCACAUAAUGUACAAAUAAAUAAGACUAAGACUUUUUUGGAGGCUGAAUCUAUUGAAUAUUUAGGAUACCACAUCUCAGGUGAAGGAGUUGAGCCAUCUUCAAAGGGACUGAAAGCUAUUUUAGAUUGCCCAUUUCCUACUUCUGUUGAAGAAGUUCAAUCUUUUUUAGGAAUUUUGUUGCUAGAACUGAUCAUAAACCAUUACUGGGACUUUUUAGAAGAGGGAAACAUUCCAUGUAAUGCUAAUUCUAAAAUACAAAGAUGGGCUUUGUUGUUAUCUCAGUAUGAUUAUGAAUUAGUUUACAAACCUGGGAAGGAAAAUGCAGUUAAACAUUUCACCAAUAAGGAUGCUGUAUUGUCUCAGUUGAAAAAUUGUUUGAAGCUGGGAUGGUCAAAGGAACAUAAUAUGUCACUUCUGGAAUAUGCCUCUGUAAAAGAUGAUUUAUCUCUCCAUAAUGAUGUAAUAUUGUAUAGAAAUAGAGUUUUGAUUCCUGUUGAGUUAAGAUGUAAGGUUUUGAACCAUUUGCAUUGUGGGCAUAAUGGUAUAAAUGCCAUGAAAGCUGAGGCAAGGAAUUGGAUAUGGUGGCCAAAGAUAGACCAGGACAUAGGAGAAGUCACAAAGAAUUGUAGCAUUUGUUUUAAGAAUUUUACAAAUCCUCGAGCUCCUACAGUGUCUUGGCCUAUUGUUGGUAAAUCAUGGUCUCGACUGCACAUAGAUUAUGCAGGACUGAUUGAUGGUAAAUAUUUUUUGAUAAUUGUAGAUUCUCAUAGUAAAUUUUUGGAUAUUCGUUUAUCUUGUUCCACUAUGUCAGCUGUUACCAUUGGUCAUUUGAGGAAGACAUUCUGUAAUUUUGGUACAUAUACCUGA